AUGAGCCUAAAGCCGCGGUAUCGAUCUUGGAUCGGUGGAACUAACAGACUGUUACAAGCAAACUAUUUAGACUCCGUCACUUGUCAACAACUUCAAUCGACCACCGUUUAUGGAAUGGCGAAUGAUUGGGAACACCUCAUAAGAAAAACCCACAUAAUCAGUCAAAUCUUUUUCACAUUUCGCGUCUACGUACAGCCAAUACUGAUAUGGAACUAUGCCAUCCAGAUGGAAUUCGAAUUUGCCAACCGAAGCGUUUUAGCCAAACCGGUCGAGGAAUGGUGUGCCGCCCAAAGAUCGAUCGCACAUCAUCGUGCAUCUGUUUGUCGUGAGAUAUACGAACAACGUCGACCUGCUGUGCGACAAAACAAAAAGAACGAACAACUUUCCUUGUUUCAAGCUUCAGAUACUGUUUACAUUGAACUUGGUGUGUCUAUCGACAUUACAAAUCAACCUCUCGGUAUGUUGGGCGACCCCACCAAUGGUCAGUUAAGUUAUAUUCAUGCCAAACUGAAAGACGAUUUGGAUUCGUAUAUUUUACGCGAAGUUACGGAAGAAGCAGAACGACAGGAUGUUGAGCUUCCAGUCGUGAUUGCUACUCGCCUACAAGCAAUCUGUCCUCCUGGUGGGCAUACAUUUAAUCCGGUACCCCUAUUGCACAAUUUACACCCGAAGAUUGUUGACAGUAAUAACACAAAUAGCAAUCGCACAGCAGAGACAAUUACUGGUUCUGCAGCUCCACUUGUCGAUUGGCCAAUUAUUUGUCAUCCAUGUCCGAACGGACAAGCCCCAAGAACAGCCUACGCUUUCGACGGAUGUCAUUACUGUCCGCGAGGAUUCUACUUGGGCAGCACAGGUUGGCCCAGUAGUGGUGGUUGUCUGCCUUGCCCAAAAGGUUUUACCACGAAUCAUGUGGGUGCUAGUUCAAUUGAAGAAUGCAACUUGGAUGCUGGUGCGGUGACACGUUGGGCACUGGAAUAUCUCGUCAAUUUGUGGUACGCGUUGCAAAAGAUUAUGGUAGGCACUCCCGGUCCGGAUACACAGACCAGAGCACUAGGACGAGAUCAACAGUCAUCUUGGGCAUGGUUAGGCAAAACACAUAAAGCGGUUUGGAUAUUCGGUGGCCUCUAUGUCCUAUUGGUGAGUACCUUGAUCGCGCUGGCUGUGUACCGAUUGCAUCUGUACGCCAAGCUUCACCGGAUUUUCCGUAAACAAUAUCGACUUCUGCUGAAAGCCACACUUAUUGGACAGAUUAAUUUAGUCUCCCACAUCAAACAGCGUGCCAAACAAGGCGCAGGAAGUCUAAAUCCAGAAGAUGAUUUGGAAUUGGAUGCAAGCAACAGCAGUGAUGAUGAUUAG